CCUCUCUUCGGUCUCAUCACAUUUCACACAACGGUUUCAACUAGUUGGCUUUUGACGGACGGCUGGAGGUAGCAUAUUCUGCUACGCCCUCUACCGCACACAUACAUCAUGAUGUCCAGCAGCAACGAACAGCUGCUGGCUUACACCACAUACGCUAUCCAGAACGGCCCUUACAAUGCAUCGAUAGCGUCCUCCGCCUCAUCGUCCCAGACUUCGGUCUGGUCGGAUGCGGCCUCGCAGUCCUCUGACGACACUUCUAUUUCUACAGCCUCCUCCGAGGUGUUUGAGAAUACCGAGUCGUACUUCAAGAGUGCCCCUCGCUCGGAGGUUCCACAGGAACUUCGACAGAACCCAAGACGCACCAGGGUGGGCGCAUCCACCAGGAGUGGAUGCCCUCCCGUAUUGGUUCGCCAAUGUGAGCGCAAGCACAACUUCGUUGACAAUCUCGUCGAUUCAUCCACUCAGAUCGUCGAGGCGAUAUGGCCUUGCUCUUCUGUCAUUUAUCGGCAGGAGCUCGGCAGCAAAGCUGUCCUGCCACUCCGUACAUUCAUCCAAGAGACUCUCCGCCGUUCUCGCACGAGCUACUCUACGCUUCAGGUGGCACUCUACUACUUGAUCCUCAUCAAGCCUCAUGUCCCUACGCAUGACUUUACUAUGGAGCAGCCUGAUGACGUUCACGUCAACCGUGCCCUGCAGUGCGGCCGCCGCAUGUUCCUCGCCGCUCUGAUACUGGCCUCGAAGUAUCUCCAGGAUCGCAACUACUCCGCCAGAGCUUGGAGCAAGAUCUCUGGACUUGCCACCAACGAGAUCAACCAGAACGAGAUGGCUUUCCUCUUGGCUGUCAACUGGAAGCUCCACAUCACUGAUGCGGUCUUCCAGCGGUGGACGGAGAUCGUGCUCAAGUACACUCCCUCCCAACCACCGUCUCCCGGCGCUGUCGGCAGCUUGACAGCUGAGAUGGAGUAUCAGGACUGGAAGAAUCUGAUUCUGAGGCUCAACCCCGAGCUCGAUAACAUCGAGGGUCUUGUUCAGGCCGGCCCCUCCGCGCCCAAGGCUCAGGACUUCCCAGUGUCUACGCCGUCACCUCGUCUUGGCGGUCUUUUGUCACCUCCACGCCACGCCUCUAGGCUCGGCUUCGAUGGGGACGCCACCCCAACACCCAAGACUUACGGUGCGCCUCCCGUCAUGGAGCCGCUGGCUUCGGGCAGUUGCGCGCCAGUCCGUCUUGCGCCGGCACUUGGUCUCUUGCCCACCCCUCGCCUGACCCCUCAAAUGACCGGACCCAGCACUCCUGCCGCGAGCGCUGCCUCUUGUCUACUGAGCGGAAGAGGUUCCAUGGGGUUUGCCAUGAGCCAGGUUGCCAACACCGCCGCAACUCAGACUAUGGACCGCUGGUACCAGUCAUCUGAGACAUCGCCUCAAGGUUAUCCGUGCCUCGUCCGUCGUUCGUCGCUAGCCAACUCGGUGUCUACAGCCUCGUCUCCAGAGUCAAUGGUCUCAGACACUUCUCGGACUUCUCGUUCAUCCUCAAUCUCGUCUGCUUCGUCUUUGGUCAGCGCGCCGUUCUCCAACAAGUUGGAUGUACAGGCGCGAUGCCGAUACGCGAAGCUGUGCAGUGAGCGGUACAGCCUGAAGCCGAUCAUCGCGUCUGUCCCAGAAACUUAUGACGAAUGCCGUAUGACUUCCUCGCCAGAGUACUACACUGGCCCGGUUGCGAAGGACCUGCUCGACAUGUCGCUGGACACGCCGACCACGAGCCGGGGCUGUGAUUUUGAUGAUGCUGCCGACGCUGCACGCGCCUUGCAGGAUCUGCAGAAAUACUCUCUUGGCUUCCAGUCGCGUUCCGCGAAUCGGCUCGGUACAAAGCGCUCGUGCGAUGCGCUUCAGGACAAUGUCCGCGAACUCUUGACCAGCCAACCAACUUCAACCUCCGACCGAGCGUGGCCCGAUGCCAUGAUCUCUGGCCGAGAGACCCUUGAUAGCUCAAGGAAGCGUGUCUGCUAUGAAGUUCCUGCUUACACCAUCCCCAGCCUCCACCCCGCCGUUGGCGGUCGGGGCGGCCCUGGAAUGUGGGCUGGUGUCUUGAACUAGUCGGCUGCUGCAAGCAGCUAGGUAUCACUACAGCUUUACCACACAGCGUGGAAGCUUUUUUCCCUUUGUCACCGGGUGCGGGGGUGUGUUGCAUGAGUCUUGCCACGGCUCAGAAAAAGCGUACUGCGUGCAUUUUCAGAACUGGCAUACAAGCUUUGUCUGUCUGUAGCUGCUUAUUGUACGA